GUAAAUAUAAAUAUGAUUUAGAAGGAAAACCUACUCAAACAUUUAAUAUACUUGAAAAUCAUCGUAUAAGAGCUAUUAUGAUUAAAAUAUUAAAUAAUCAUGAAAAUCCUAAAUUCACUUGUUUAUAUAGAUUACAAGUUCAUGGUAAUUUACCUUUGUAA